AAUGUAUAUCAGUCUUUCCUAAAAUAAUUAAGCUUGGUGGACUCACACAUCUCUUGUACCAACAGAGACAUAAAAUAAAGUUGUAUAAUUAGUGAAUGGAGUUGGAAGUUUUUAGAAUAAGGCAUCUUUAAUUUCAACAUAUUUGAGUUUAGAAGCAGUGAAUCGUAUUCCAGGUGCUAAGAAAUUGGCAAUUUAUUUCAAGGCAGGAAUAGUUGGUGCAGUAUUUUUUGGUUCAAGGUAAAAAUGAUAUUAUAAUAACAAAUAAGAAUAGCAGCAGGAUCAAUAUAUUAGAGUAAUAUAAAAGGAGAGAUAGGAAAGCUGUUAGAUGGUGCACCAAUUUGGGAGAAUAAGUUUGAUGUUCCAGAAUUGGAUAAGAAAUUCUUCUUCAUUGAUGAUGAUAAUAAUUUUGAACCUUCAUUAUGGCAUCAUGGAAUGUAUGCAUUAAUAAAUAGAAAAGCAACUCAAUUGAGAAGCCAAAGGUAUUCUACAAACAUGAGUGAAUUUUAAUAAUUGAAUGGAUA